AUACUACCUUCUUCAUGUGUUGGAGUUCAGUAGUGCUCGGAAAAGGAUGUCCGUAAUCGUAAGGAACCCGGAGAACCAGUUGUUGCUCCUUACCAAGGGUGCGGACAGUGUAAUAUUUGAAAGUCUUUUGAAACAAGAUAGGGCAUUUGAGGAAAAGACCAAAGGGCAUAUUGAAAGAUAUUCCGAGGCAGGAUUACGAACCUUGGCAGUUGCAUAUCGUGAGCUUGAUGAUGAUGAGUAUAGAACAUGGGAACAAGAAUUUUUGAAGGCUAAAACUUCUGUAACUGCGAUCUAGAUGUCUUGGUGGAUGAGUUGGCUGAUCGGAUUGAAAGGGACUUAAUUCUUCUUGGUGCCACAGCAGUUGAAGACAAAUUACAAAAGGGGUACAUAGGUCCCAGGCUGUAUUGACAAGCUUGCACAUGCUGGAAUCGGAAUAUGGGUCUUGACAGGUGACAAAAGGGGAACUGCUAUUAAUAUCGGGUAUGCAUGCGGUCUACUAAGGCAUGGAAUGAAACAAAUUGCGAUCACGCUAGAGUUGCCGGAAAUUGAAGACUUGGACAAACAUGGGGAUAAGGAGGCCACUGCUGAGGCUUCUCUUGACUGUGUAAAGAAGCAAAUACACGACGGAAAAUCUCAAAUGGGUAAAGAAAAUUCGGUUGAGUUUGGUUUGAUAAUUGAUGGCAAGUCCUUGACUUUUGCUAUGGACAACACUCUGGUGAACGAUUUUAUGGAUCUUGCGAUGGGUUGUGCUACUGUUAUAUGCUGUCGAUCUUCGCUGAAACAAAAGGCUGUUAUUACAAGACUGGUGAAAUCUGUUGUGAGUAGAACGACACUAGCAAUUGGUGAUGGAGCAAACGAUGUUGGCAUGCUUCAAGAGGCUGAUAUUGGAGUAGGCAUCAGUGGAGUCGAAGGGAUGCGGGCUGUUAUGGCAAGUGAUUUUGCAAUAGCUCAAUUUCGUUUUUUGGAACGUUUACUGUUGGUUCAUGGUCAUUGGUGUUACAGGAGAAUAUCGAUGAUGAUCUGCUACUUUUUCUACAAGAACAUCACUUUCGGAUUUACUCUGUUUUGGUUCGAGGCAUACACUUCUUUCUCAGGUCAACCUGCUUAUAAUGACUGGUACAUGUCAUCCUACAACGUCUUCUUCACUUCACUUCCUGUAAUCGCUCUUGGUGUUUUUGAUCACGAUGUUUCAGCCAGACUUUGCAUGAAGUAUCCUUUAUUAUAUCAAGAGGGCGUUCAAAAUCUCCUCUUCAACUGGGUCCUUAUUCUUGGCUGGAUGUUUAAUGGACUUCUUAGUUCCAUAAUCAUAUACCUCUUAACAGCAAACUCAAUAACUGGUCAAGCAUUCCGCAAAGACGGUCAAGUUGCUGAUUAUUCGAUUCUAGGGGUGACAAUGUAUACUUGUGUAGUUUGGACCGUAAACUGCCAGAUGGCACUUUCGAUCAAUUACUUCACAUGGAUCCAGCAUCUGUUCAUAUGGGGAAGCAUUGCCCUUUGGUAUAUAUUCCUGGUGGUUUAUGGUUCGAUCCCAUCGACAUUAUCUACAACGGCAUACAAGGUUCUUGUUGAAGCUUGUGCUCCGAGCAUUCUGUAUUGGCUCACCACCCUUCUUGUUAUCUCUGCGCUACUACCUCUACUUUCCUAUAGGGCAUUUCAGAUUAGAUUUCGACCUAUGGAACAUGAUAGAAUACAAAUACAAAGACGAAGGUCAGAAAGCUUGGAACGUGAUGUAGCACAAAGCAGACUUUCAGAAAGCUCAGAGACCCGAAACUCUAGUGACUUGCCUGCAGAGGUUAGAAUCAGAAUAGAUAGUCUUAAGGCAAGUUCGAGGCGAAAGAACUCAUGAAACCAGUAUGUUGUUUGUGGAUAUGAGUAGGGCUAUCUUUUUUUCUUCUUUCUCUUGGCAUUUUAAGCAUAAGCGCCGCGCCACGAGAUGAGUGUGAACAUUGGAAUUGCUAAUGCUCGACACUGGUGUGUAGAUUAAGGAUGUAAAUGCGAGUCUUAUUAAUGCAUAGGUUUGCUUAAACUAUACGGACCUCACUCAUAUGUAAUUGGUUUUUUCUCAUAGGCUUUGUCCAACU